GCGCGUCCUCGGCGGCGGCGGCUUCACUUCUCUCCGGGCAGCGGGGGCAGGAGCGGCGGCGGGAGCAGCAGCAGCACAACAGCGGCCGCCGCCGUGGCCCGAGGAGGGGGGCAGAGAGAAGAAAAGGAGCGGGCGGCGGGCAGCCGGGGUAGGGCAGGGCAGAGCGGGCUCAUGACUCAGUGACCAGCCGCUGCCCCCUUCCCAGCCCCUCGCCCGGCCACGGAUCGUCCCGCAGCCCCGCAGCAGCGAGAGCGACCCGCGCUCGCCCGCAGUGCAGCAUCUGCCAUGUCUACGGAGGGGCAGAGAGUUGAUGAUAGUCCAAGCACUAGUGGAGGCAGCUCUGAUGGAGAUCAACGUGAAGGUGUUCAGCAGGAACAAGAAAGGGAACAAGUUCAACCCAAGAAAAAAGAGGGCAAAAUAUCAAGCAAAACAGCUGCUAAACUGUCAACUAGUGCUAAAAGAAUUCAGAAAGAACUUGCAGAAAUUACAUUAGACCCUCCUCCCAACUGUAGUGCUGGACCCAAAGGAGACAACAUUUAUGAAUGGAGGUCAACUAUACUGGGGCCUCCAGGGUCAGUAUAUGAAGGUGGCGUUUUCUUCCUUGACAUUACCUUUUCACCGGACUAUCCUUUUAAACCACCUAAGGUAACAUUUCGGACAAGGAUCUAUCACUGUAACAUCAACAGCCAAGGCGUCAUCUGCCUGGACAUUUUAAAAGACAACUGGAGUCCAGCAUUAACCAUUUCUAAAGUUCUCCUCUCCAUCUGCUCCCUCCUCACAGACUGCAACCCGGCUGACCCCCUGGUUGGAAGUAUUGCCACUCAGUAUAUGACUAACAGAGCAGAGCAUGACAGAAUGGCCAGACAGUGGACCAAGCGAUAUGCCACAUAGGAACCUCCUCUAGGAUUUGCUGGACCUGUGCAAGCACAUUCACUAAGUGCAUCAAUAGCCCUUCCCUUCAUUCUUAUUUUUUAUUAAAUUUUGAACCAUUUUGUGACAAAAGGUCUUACUUUCUUUUUGGUUUAUUUUUAUUUUUAUUUUUAUUUUUAUUUGUUUGGGGGUUUUUUGUUCUGUUAACUUGAAAGUUGUUUCCCUCAAAUGUAGACAGGGAAUUUUGGUUAUCAGUGCAAAGAAUGUUGGAUCUGUAAUAGUAUAGAGCUUUGUCACAAAGCUUUGUAUUAAUGUGUGUUUUUUUUUUUUCUUUCAUGUGGUUUUUGGGAAAACAAACAAAUUCAGAAUUAUAUCUCGUUUCUACUUAAAUGUAGUGUUUAGGGUUAUUUUUUUGUACUGAAGUCUUUAAUGGUGGGUGCAUGCUACUGGGAACAAGUUUUGUAUAAAAGCUUAAAAUCAAGAAUCACUGUGCAUUACUAAGACUGUGUUUAUCACUAGCCUUCCGUUUCCCACACAAAAGGCUAUUGCAUUGAACAAAUUAAUAUGUAUUUUGAUUUACUUAAAAGAAAAGUGCUUGUAAAUUUCUUAGGGACCUGCCACUUUUGACUGUGGAUCAGUUGAUGUACACUUGUAUUAUUAAAGCACUCAAUAAAACACUGUGGCUGAUAAAUGCA